GGUGACCGGAAAAAGAAGCUGGCUGAGGCAUUCUGGGAUAGUGGCGGACCCAACAACACUUCUACUGUGAUGGCGACCAAUAUCGAGCAGAUUUUCAGGGAUUUUGUAAUGAAUAAGAUUAAAGAAAUCGAAGAUGAAACUCAAGAAACCAGUGUUGCAGAAGAGCCACAGUCUCAACUUAUGACGGAGACGAGAGAAGAUGGACUUGAGGAAGAAAAAAUGAACAUACCAACAGAUAAAGUCACGCAUACGGACCUCCAAGAUAACCAUGAUAAAGAGGACACCAGCACUAAACACAGGAAGAGUAAAAAGCACAAAAAACACAAAAGCAAAAAGAAGAAAAAGAAACACAAAGAAGGAAAAGACAGCAGCUCCGACAAAGAGUCUGACAAAGAGACUCAAGAAAGUGGAAACAAACAGAAAAGAAAGAAAAAGAAAAGAAAGAAAAAGACAAAAAGCAAAGAUACAGACAAAGUUAAAAGGUUUGGCUCUCGAACCGAAAGCUCUUCAGCAUCGGUUUCUGAAUCCGAGUCCGAAUUGAAACCUUCAAGUGAAAAUACAAAGUCCUCUUCAGCAGCUCAGACUUCGCAGACUAAGCCUCAGGAGUUGCCUGACAUUAUCCCCAAGAUGGAGAAUUCGGUCCACAAACACAGAUACAAUGAAAAGCCCAAGGAGAAGAAAAAAAGUUCUAGCAGGAGAUCUAAAAGUAAAGAGAGUUCCAGAGGAAGACGAUCCAGAUCCAGAUCACCCAGACGGAAGUUUGAACGCAGGUCGAGAUCUUCAAACCGACAACGGAGAUCAAAAUCUAGAAAGAGAUCUAUUCAACGGAGCGACCGAAGUAGAUCGAGGUCCAGGUCUCAUUCUGUCAUAAGAGGCAAGCGUUCAAGAUCUAGGCGAACUAGAUCAAGGUCUGUUGUAAUCUUAAAAAGGAACAGAAAGUCUACAUCGAAAUCUAAGUCUCGCUCACCACAGCGUAGACGCCGUUCAAGGAGUAAGUCUCAAAGCAGAACGAAACCUUCAAUGUCAAGGUCCGUUUCGAAGUCAAAGACUGAUUUGAAACCAGAAACGGAGUCAGAUCCAAUGGAUGGAAGUAAAAGUUCUGAAAUGCAAACAGAUGUGUCUCAAGAUGCAACUGAGGAUAGAAAAAGUCCAACAGUGGCUGUAAAAUCUGAAACGGCAUCCAACAUCUCCAACGUGACUGGCUUUAAAGGAUCUUGGCGACCAGUUCCUUUCUUGGAAGAGCCGUCUGAGACCAACUCUUCCCAAAAGUGCGUUACACCCGAGAUGCCUUUGGCAGUGACCAAUGUAUCCGAAGAACCUUCAACGUUCUCCACCACUGCGCCAAAAGAUUCACAGUGUGCCGCCAACCCCGAGAAGAAAGAAACCAACGUAGAUCCAACAUUAACAUCGCCAUCCAAAUCUCCCAGUCACGAAACAUCCUCAAGAUCCAAAGCGGCCACAUCAACAUCGCCAUCGAAAAAGAGGAAAUCCCGGUCGUCUUCACGAAAGUCUCGGUCGCCCUCCGAAAGGAAAUCGCACAAGUCUCGAGUGAGGAGCAAGCGCUCAAAAUCGCGGUCUCCUAAGAAGAAAAAAAAGUCGAGAUCUCGUUCGCGCAGCCGUCGGAGGAAAUCCCGAACCCCAGACAGAAGCAGACGGUCGAAAUCGAGAAAUAGGUCACGCUCGCGUUCGAAGAGGAGAUCCCGAUCCCGAUCCGGCUCGCGCUGGAGAAGAGGUUUUGGAAGCCGGGUGCUGAACCAGCGGGAUCGAUGGAAACGGGAACCCAGUCGAUCUCCGGUCCUCAUUCUCCGUAAGAAAAGAUCAGCGUCUGGGACUCGACGUAGCACCAGCAAGACGCCUCCACGUCUUACAGAACUUGAUAAGGAGCAGUUGCUGGAAAUAGCUAAGGCUAAUGCUGCGGCUAUGUGUGCCAAGGCCGGCGUGCCGAUCCCAGAGAGUCUCAGGCCCAGAUCUAUUCUUCAGAUGCCCUUGCAAACCUCAAAUCCCUCGUCCUUGUCUCUACAGUUGCCAGUGAUGUCAAGCAUGACGAUGAACGCUGCUAUGGCUAGCAUGACUGCGGCCACUAUGACCGCUGCUUUGUCCAGCAUGGGUGCCUUGGCUUCCCUGCCACAAAUGGCUCCGUUACCGACGAUCGUCAACAAGCCGCCAUCUUCAUCCACACCAAAUCUCGCCAGCAUCGAAGAAGCCAAAAAGAAAGUAACGAAACAGGCGAACAGCUUCAGCAUUAAAGAGCUAACCGAGAGAUGCAAGAAGAUCGCCGAGAGUAAGGAAGAGAUGGCCAUCGCAAAACCUCACGUGUCGGACGAUGAAGAGGAUGAAAGGCUAAUCGGAGCUUCCCUUAAGGAGAAUAAGGGCAUCGCGUUCAGUCUCGGCAGCACCUUCAUAAAGCCGGGCGUCCGAACCGAAGCGGUGUUUGCAAAGGAGUUCCCAGUGUCCUCCGGCUCCCAGCACAGGAAGAAGGAGGCCGAUGGUGCUUAUGGAGAAUGGGUGCCGGUCGAAAAGAAAGUAGAAAAGCUGUCUGCAUCGAGUUCUUCUGGGACCGAGGAAACCUGCAAGAACAGUGAUAGUGUCUUUCCUGAAGCACCUUCUCAGCCUGUGGACAUCACUUUGGCUGUCAGCGAGAGAGCGGUCGCUCAGAAGAGACUGGCGGAAAACCCUUUCGACAUCAAUGCCAUGUGUAUGCUGAAUCGGGCUCAAGAGCAAGUUGAUGCAUGGGCCCAGUCCAACACGAUCCCCGGCCUCUUCACAGGCUCCACCGGCGCCCAAGUGCUCUCGUCCGAUGAGGUCUCUAACAGCGGCCCGCAGGCCUGGAUUAAGAAGGGUCAGUCCUUGUAGCUGCCUCUUUGCCAUGGUCACAGUCAGGCCCCUUCUAUUCACGUCAGAUGCUCGGCCGAUGAUGGGGGCCUAGGUACGUACGUCCUCCAGCACCCUUCCUUCUAUUCAUGUGGAUUUGUGUGUGAACUGAUGCAUUUCUGCCUUGUCCUCCUGUUUGUGUGUUUGUUUGCCCUGAACUAAAUCUCUUGAGAUCUGUUCAGGACGGGGAUCAUGCUUCGCCUGCUGAAGGCUCGCAACUUAUUACUCAUGUGUGAUGGAAAAUACACACUGCCGGUCAAAAGAUAGGAAUUGUUUUUGGAAAGAAGCCUCUUCUGCUCAUCAAGGAUGUGUUUAUUCGAUUGAAAAUAUGGGGGGAAAAUGUGAUAUAUUUUUACUGUUUAAAAUAGAUGUUGUAAAUGUGAGUAGCUGUUAAACUGUAAUUUAUUUCUGCGAUGCGCCGCUGUAUUUCCAGUGUCACAUGAUCCUCAGAAAUCAUUCUAAUAUUUGCUGCUCGAGAAACGUUUCUGUUUAAAAAAAAAAUAAAAACAUGAUACAUUUUAUUUUUCAGUGUUCUUUGAUGAAUAGAAAGUUCAAAGGAACGGAAUUUAGAAUCUUUGUAACAUGUCUUCGCUGUCACUUUUGAUUAAUUUAAUGCAUCCUUUAUGGAUAAAAGUAAUUUUAGAUAAACAUACUAAAAAUGGGUUUCCACAUAAAUAUUGAGCUGCAAAAAAAUCAUUUUAAAACAACAUUUGAGAAAUGCCUCAUGCAGCAAAUACCAGAAUGAUGUCUGAAGAUCAUGUGACACUGAAGACUGGAGGAUUGAUGCUGAAAAUACAGCUGCACAUCACAGAAAUAAGUUACACUUUAACAGAUAUUCACAUAGAAAACAGCUGUUUUAAAUUAAAAUAAUAUUUCACAAAAAUUGCCAUUUUUUUUAUCAAAUAAAUGAAGCCUCGGUGAGCAGAAGAGACUUUAUUUAAAAUUACUACAAAACUUAUAUAUUCCAAACUUUUGGCCGGUAUUGUGUAUUUAUUUACUUCUAUUUGUCCUUGUUUAGUCAUUUAGACCUACAGCAGGUGAGAAAUAAAGGACUCUGUAUUUAAACAUUUUCCAUAUUCUUGAAAUAGUUAAAACCGAAGGCUGUUCUAUCUAAUAUCUAAUGAUAAUU